AUAUGUUACGUUUAAAAUUGUUUUAAGAGUGUGGCUUUUUGUGUAUGGAAGAAUUAAUAUCGUUUUAGAGAAUCGUCAACGAAUAAAAAUAAUGACGCAUAUCUCGUUUCUUCGUAAUGAACUGGCCAACUCUUAACAAUUCUCGAUAUAUCUCCGUGUGGAUAACCAGUUCCCAACUCCGUGGGGAGAAACGAAUUUCAACUUAGUGUGUGAAGAAACAACGCUAAGGUGAAGAAGAUUCAAGACUGAAUGCACAUGUGAACAUUAUAAUAAGAAACGAAAUGGCGACUCACGGAUCAAGGGACUAUAGAGCGAAGCGUUCGCGUUCGACCCAGAUAGCAAAUUUAACGAAGCUGUAAAAAAAACUGGAAGAAAAUAUGUCGUCUUGCGAAAACUAUGAAAAUGUUAAGCAGCUGAACGACAGAUUGUGUGACAAUUUUGAGACAUUAAAAUGCGUUCAUCAAGAGUGUGUAAGUUUGUGUACGGACUCAGUAACGUGUGAAGAUUUAUCGAAAUCUUUCGAAAGUUCUCGAAAGAAUUUCGACGAGUUCCAGGAGAGAAUUUCACAGUGGCUGGUCGCUGAUGAGAAGGCGCCUGAUGACGAUAAAAUACCUUCAGUAAGCCGUGUAAGUACGACGGCGUCAUCGCGGUCAAACUUAAGAAAUGCCAGGGCGAAACGCUUGCUUGCAGAACACAAGAUGAGAACGCUACGAGAGAAACACAGACUCGAACAGGAACAGCAUGUACUCGAACAGGAAAAGCGUGUACUCGAACAGGAACAGCGUGUACUUGAGCACAAACGCCAGAUGCUUGAGCACGAGAGCGAGGUAGAGGGAGCGCAUCGAGGAGGCAAUCUGGGAAGAAGAAACAGAAGAAGAUAUAGCAGCCAUCGGCGAUGUGAUGGUGCGGUUCAGUGUUGCAGACCGGAUGUCCGGCGAUGUGACGGGACGGUCCAGUGAUGCAAACCGGAUGCCUGGCGAUGUGACUGUGCGGUCCAAUGGAGCAGACCGGAUGUUCGGCGAUGUGACGGGGCGGUCCAGUGAAGUAAACCGGAUGUCCGGCGAUUUGACGGUCCAUCGGAACAGAACGGGUGUCCGGCGUUGUUACGGGGCGGACCAGAGGAGACGUUCCGGAAGUUGGGCACCAUGGAGAAAACACCUUACUUGACAAUGUUUGUGAUAUUCAAGCAGGUAUUUAUAUAAACAGGCCUUAUUCUGUGACUCAGAAGGUUACUUCCGGAAAUCGUGAUGUUCCGAUGGAUGCAGCAGAAGCCAGGUCAGGUAACAAAGAAAAAAUGUUGUAUAUUGAUUCAGCAUUUCAUAGACUAGCCAGUACAUUGCAAGAAGGUUUCAAUUUGCCCAAACCAGAAAUAUUGACAUUAAGCGGAAAGGCAAUUGAUUAUUGCAAGUUCAUUAGGAACUUUGAGACUAAUAUCGAGUCUAAGAUUAAUGAUAAUAGACUUAGGUUAAGCUAUCUGAUUCAAUAUUGCACCGGAGAUGCUAAGAAGUGUAUAGAGGAUUGUGUGUUGUUAGAAUCAAGCGAGGGUUACCGUAAAGCCCGAAGUAUUUUGCAAAACCGGUAUGACAAGCCGCAUGUGAUUGCUAGAUCUUACAUUGAUAAGUUAGUGACUGGUCCACAACUUAAUGCUUCGGAUUUUGAAGGUCUUUCACAUAUGUCUUAUGAGAUGCAAAAAUGCGAGAUAACUUUAUCUCAGUUAGGAUUUGUUUCGGAUGUUGAUAAUUCUGAAAACUUGAGAAAAAUUUUAAAACGUUUUCCAAUGCAUUUAAGAACAAAAUGGGUAGAUGUAGCACAUGAUAUUUUAGAGUCUGGUCGAGAACAACGUUUCUCAGACUUAGUUAAGUUUGUUGACAAAAGGUCUCAUGUUGCAUGUACAAGUCCGACAAAACAAAACUCAAGCAGGAUGCUUAUGUUAAAAGCAAAGUGACCACUUUGACCACUAACUCUCACAAACAAAACAGGCAGUAAGAGCGUAAAUGUUUGUGCUGUUCUAGAUACUGUGAAACCAUUAUUAUUCGUCCGACAUUAAUUUUCGCCUUUAUCGUCCUUCGACCGAUGGACGAAUUCAAGAUCCUAACGAACAAUCAUGUCCCAUAUUUGAAACAAAUAAGACUGAAUUACCGUAGGCAUGAGGCAUUUAAAUCCAGCGUAAUCCACGCAUAUACACAGGGCUCGAAAUUAACACUCGCAUACUCGCAAAAUGCGAGAGAAAAAAGAUUGCAAGGUAAGUUAUAAGCCACUAGUAUUUUUUGCAAAUAAAGAAAUAGUGAAAAAAACGAGUUAUAUUGCUUAAUGCGUUCGACGGCGUGAACGCUAAACCGUAGGUCAAUUUUUUGAACGUCCGAAUACCCAUAUGCGGAAGCGCUCCUUGUUUGUUGACUGGUAUACUUAUAAUACAGAUACACAGAUGGUAUUGAUACAAAGAACAUGAAACAGUCGACUAUUCACACUCAAGUUAAAUCCGGUUUUGACACAAAGGGAUGUUCAUUAUACAGUGUACUGACAACUGACAUUUCCUGUAAAACGCGAAUGCAAUAAGGCUGUAUCGAAUGCGUCGACUUCGUUUAGGUAUAAUAGUGUUGAUAAGCGCUAAUUGUUAACAACUUUAUUACCCAUUGUGUGUAUUGUGUUUUUCAGGGGUGUUGCAGAUUAUACAGCCUACACGCGGCGAAUCCGGAUUAAAGACAAUACUAUUAAACGCAAUUAAAAUAUGACGAUGUGUGAUCAACACCUGACAUCAUAACAAAGAAUGUGUCAAUGACAUAAAAUAAUAAGGGACAGUUACUAUCACCUAAAAUAACAGACUUGUUAAUUGGCAUAUGCCAAACAAGGCCCACCUCCUGCAAGUGACUACCAAGUGUCACCUCUCUUUCCCCAGCACGAUUUUUUCGCAACCGCGUAUUACAUGUAUUACAAACAAAUCGGACGUUUUUUUUUUUCAAAACCAGAAAUGGACGAAUUUAAGAGCGGACGAAAUAGUCAUUUUUAUGAAAAGGGCGAAAUUUUGUGCCGACGAAAAUAAAUGGUUUCACAGUAUUGCAUAGAUUCAUCAUCAUGCAAGUCCUUUCAGUCCAUGACUUUGGCGAACAGGAGAACAUUCGUUCGUAAAUACAAACUGUGUUUUAACUGCUUAAAGGGCAAUCGUUUGUCUAAUAAUUGCAGAAAGCCCAAAGAAUGCUCGGUACCCGACUGCUCUCAAAAGCACCACACACUGUUACAUAGUUGGAUCAAAUCCGAUUUUGACUAUACGGUUACACAGCCGUCAGUAAACUGUGCACCAACUUCUGGCUGCUUUGUGAAAACGUGUCUAGAGAUCAUCUCUGUAACUGUUAUUGGGUCCGAAGGUCAAUCUUAUCAGACUUACGCAUUGCUUGACGAUGGAGCAGACAAGACUUUGUGUGACGAACGACUGUUACAGACGUUGAACGUUUCUAGUAGACCCAUGACAUUUCAGAUUUCAACCAUCAAUGCAACCGGAAGUACAACAAUUGGGCGUGAAGUUGACUUGCGGGUACGGAAUGUGAUGGGUAUUUGCGAAGUUUGCCUGAAAAAUGUCUGGUCAGUGAAGAGACUACCAAUUUCAAAAAAUUCAGCCGCUUCUGCGAAAGACAUUUCCAGAUUCCAUUAUGUUGCGGAUUUGAACAUUCCGUCUGUUGGAGCAGGUGAUGUCAUGCUGUUGAUUGGUACAGACGCACCGGAAGCGCAUAUACCAUUGGACGUGCAAACAGGAAAGCAAAAUCAACCGUACGCUAUUCGAUCACGCCUGGGUUGGGUGGUGAGAGGUCCCGUUCAGAGCACUUCAGAUACUUACAUCGGAAAUGACGUGAACGUCAAUUUUAGUCAGUCACGUGACGUCCUCUUACAACAACUUGAGCGGAUGUGGACAACAGACUUCAAUGAUGUUAUUAAUUGCGAGAAGGAAUUAUUCUCAGUCGAAGAUAAACGGACACUUCAAAUCAUGAAAUCUACACUUUCAAAAGAAAAUGGACACUAUAAGAUGUGACUACCAUGGUGUGAUGAAAACCCACGCUUACCAUACAACCUUACGCUAGCGCAUGCGCGACUCGUGCAGUUGAAGAAAAAACUAUCGCGAGAUUCUGAGUUGCAUAAGAAAUACGCGGCUACCGUUAAAGAUUAUAUAGACAAAGGGUAUGCUAAGGAAGUAACUGAAACCGAAACCACGAAUCGAACAUGGUAUCAGCCACACCAUCCAGUGACUAACGAGAAUAAACCAGGAAAGGUUCGCGUCGUGUUUGAUUGUGCUGCGAAGUUUCAAGGAACAUCACAUAACAGUCAACUACUUCAAGGUCCUGACUUUGUUAACAGCCUAGUUGGGGUACUGUGUCGUUUCAGACAGGAGAGGGUAGCGAUUGUCGCCGAUAUCGGGGCCAUGUUCCAUCAAGUGCGUGUAUGCGAACAUGACUGUCAAGCACUUCGUUUCCUAUGGUGGCCUUACGGGGACAUGUCGGCAACUUUAAAGCCGUACUGUAUGCAGGUACAUUUGUUUGGGGCGACGACUUCACCCAGUUGCACGGCAUUUGCACUGAAACGAACUGCGACUGACAAUGCCGAAUUAUUUGACCCGGAAGUAGGGUCUACGGUUCAUAAGAAUUUCUAUUUAGACGAUUGUCUUAAAUCUCUGAGGUCAGAAGAGAAUGCGAUUCAUCUGGCAUCUGAUUUGAAGGUCUUGUUGAGUUUAGGUGGAUUCCGACUAACGAAGUGGCUAAGCAACAGCAGGAAAGUGUUAGAUGCGAUACAGGAAUCGGAACGCGCUACGUCUAUUGUUCAGCUUGAUCCUGGUAAUGCACUUCCGACUGAGCGCACAUUAGGCGUCACGUGGAAUAUAAACGAGGACGCGAUAAGGUUUGAAAUAAAACUGACUGAAAAACCUUUGACGCGACGUGGCAUUUUAUCAGUUGUGAGUUCGAUAUUCGACCCGCUUGGAUUAGUUUCACCUGUGACAUUACGCGCUAAAGCAAUCAUCCAGCAACUAUGCAGAGAGAAGAUCGGCUGGGACGAAGCAAUACCAUCACGCUAUCGUUAAGACUGGCAACGGUGGACAGCGAACUUUUCUAGAAAAUAUAGCAAUUAGACGGUGCUAUCGUCCUGACCAGUUCUCAGAAGAGAAAUGUAUCCAACUGCACGUGUUCAGUGAUGGCUCGGAAACAGGCUAUGGUGCAUGCGCGUAUCUGCGGAAGGUCGACGACAACGACAACGUAGCAUGUAGUCUAGUACUUGGUAAAUCCCAAUUCUAAAAGACUUUGUCCUUUUUACAUGCCUUACAACAAGGGCAGUGCAUAUAGAAGUUGCACAUAGCUUGACGACCGAUUCUUUCAUCGCAGCAUUUCAAAGUUUUACGUGUCGACGUGGAAAAACCGGAAACGCUCUUUAGCGACAAUGGAACGAACUUUGUAGGCGCUGAUCGAGAAAUGAGGAAGUCCGUUCUUGAAAUGAACUCUAGCAAAUUAGAAAAUUAUAUGCUCAACCGUGGCAUUGAAUGGAACUUCAACCCUCCAUAUGCCAGUCACAAGGGUUGUGCAUGGGAGAGGCUGAUUAGGUCUACACGUUCGAUUCUCAAGGCAAUGGCUGGAGAACAACUUCUCACAGAUGAAAAAUUAACUACGUUAUUGGCAGAAGCAGAGAGAAUCAUGAAUGAUCGACCUAUAACUCAAGUGAGCAACGACCCAAAAGAUCCCUCGGUUCUGACUCCCAGCAUGCUUUUGCUGAUGAAAACAAACAGCAGUAUUCCGAUCGUUGUUUUUUUAGAAAGAGGCCACGUACUCGAUGCGUUGGUGGCGUCAAAUUCAAUACCUGAGUGACGUUUUUUGGCGUAGAUGGAUACGAGAAUAUUUGCCAACGUUGCAUGUGCGCCAUAAGAGGCAACGGACACAGACUGACUUACGUGACGGUGACCUUGUCCUUGUAGCUCAUGACAAUACACCGAGAGGACAGUGGCCUUUGGGUAGGGUCACUAAGGUUAUUAAGGGUCGGGACGGGCAUGUUCGUAAUUGUGAGGUAAGAUCCCGCAAUACAUCAUCAAUUAAGCCAAUUCAUAAAUUGUGCUUACUCGAGUGCUCAAUUUAAAUUGAACAAACAAUUUGACGAAGAAUACGAUAGUUAUUAAAUUGUCAACAUAUUUUACCCAUACUUUGUGCAGUAUGGAUUUAAAGACAAGUCAAGUUAUUAAAUGGUACUCGUUUGUUGUUGUUUUUUACAUUAUUGAAGUAGUAUCAUUUAUAGUGUUUUAUCUUGAACUGUUGUCUUAAAAUACUUUGUGUGAAAGUAUAAACUGAUUAUCUUAUUUAUUUUUUGAUGUUUGUUUAUAAUUCUAUGCAUUGAUUAUUAUGAAAUCCGUGAUAUUUCAUGGUGGGGAGUGUUAACGCCGUUCAUUUACGGGAAAUUUAAUUAAAACGUUGGCGCGAAAUAUAUACGCAUCCGACGUCAUAUAUCCAUUGUUGAUCUACGUAAAUAUCUGUUACGUUUAAAAUUGUUUUAAGAGUGUGGCUUUUUGAGUAUGGAAGAAUUAAAAUCGGUAAAUAUAUUGUUGGUAUUUAUAUUGUAUAUGUAUUUCUGUAUGUAUUAUUAUUAUUAUUACAUACGCGCGAUUGUUUGAAUUAUUUAUUUAAAUAAUAUGUUAA